AUGGGUCAAAGCCAGUCUCAAGCAGCAGAUCAACCCCCAGAGCCGCAACUCAGCCAGGAAGAGCGCUCACAAAGGCAAGCUGAGAUGCGCGCAAAGCAGCAGGCGGCCCUCGACAAGCGUUUUACCAGUCAACCAAGGUCAAGGAAGCCCUCGCCCACAGGCGCGCAAGCUAAGAGGAAGCCAACUGCGCUCGAGGAAGCGAGCAAAGAGAACAUCGGGUGGCGCAAUGCCGAUGCACAGGCAGAAUUCAGAAAUUGGAACUAA